UUUGCACUGGCAACACUGUUCAAUGUUUCUGACUUCUGCCAACAUCGGAAUUGUAAAAUACAAAUAUCGUAAAAGAUCCGGAAAAUUGCGCUCGUCGUAUACGUUUACCAUUUUCCACGCUUCAGACAAAGUUAUUUUAUAAUUGUGUGCUUUGAAACCCUUGUUGAAGCAGCGCUUAUUCCAUCCCGUUGCCAAUUUAGCUUUGCAAAGAGCAGUGAUAAGUGCUGUGAUUAUUUGGCUUAUUUCAUUUAGCUUGUUUGCUGUGUUUGUUCUGUGCGGUGUACUUUCCCCUCAUUCCAUACUGGUGUUUGUUCUGUUUGAGUGUGGGCUUAGUAAAAGAAUUACUUCCCAACAUCUCAUCAAUGAGUAAGAUGACUAAAAACAAACUUAAUUUGACGUUGCCGCCUGGUUCGGUGGAUGUUCCCGCUGGGCAGCAAACAACGCCAACACCCUCCUUCAAAACGCCAUCCGGAACCGAGUACGUCAUUGGCAAACAUAAUCUGUUGGGAAAAGCGAAAAACAGUAUUGAUGCGCUCACGGAAACUUUGGAAGAACUUGAAAUGGAAGAAAGUGCACGCAAACGCAUUAAGGUAUUUCUGAGCCAGAAAGAAAAAAUCGGCGAGUUGAGCGACGAAGAUUUGGAGAAGCUAGGCGAACUUGGUUCCGGAAACGGAGGUGUAGUGAUGAAAGUGCGCCACAUUCCCACUCAACUUAUAAUGGCUCGAAAGCUUAUCCAUUUGGAGGUUAAACCAGCGAUAAAAAAACAGAUCAUAAGAGAACUGAAGGUAUUACAUGAGUGCAAUUUUCCUCACAUCGUUGGAUUCUACGGUGCUUUCUACAGUGAUGGAGAGAUAAGCAUCUGCAUGGAGUAUAUGGACGGUGGAUCGUUAGAUUUAAUCUUGAAACGAGCUGGAAGAAUACCGGAAGCCAUUUUAGCAAAAAUUACAUCCGCCGUUCUUAAGGGAUUGAGCUACCUUCGCGAUAAGCACGCCAUUAUGCACAGGGACGUCAAGCCGAGCAACAUUCUGGUAAACAGUAGCGGAGAGAUUAAGAUAUGUGAUUUCGGCGUUUCCGGACAGCUAAUCGAUUCAAUGGCCAACUCGUUCGUAGGAACUCGAAGUUAUAUGUCGCCCGAACGCCUUCAAGGUACCCAUUAUUCGGUCCAGUCCGAUAUAUGGUCUCUAGGGCUCUCGUUGGUAGAAAUGGCAAUCGGAAUGUAUCCCAUUCCGCCGCCAGAUGCUAAAACAUUAGACCUUAUAUUUCAGGAACGGGGAGACGAUAGUUCCCCCGGUCAGAGCGUUAUCGAGCCCAAACCUAUGGCCAUUUUCGAGCUGCUCGAUUACAUCGUAAAUGAACCGCCACCUAAAUUGGAGCAUAAUUCAUUCACCGAUAGAUUUAAAAACUUUGUUGACCUUUGCCUGAAGAAAAAUCCUGAGGAGCGAGCUGAUUUGAAAACACUAAUGUUGCUUUUGGUUUUAGAAUCAUGAAUGGAUCAAGAACAUCGAAACGGAAGACGUCGAUAUUGCCGGAUGGGUAUGCAAAACCAUGGAUCUAGCACCGUCUACACCGAAAAGAAAUGCGUCACCAUUUGCAAAUUAAAAUGUUGUGCGCACCCUGUAAUGUAUAUGCAUUCUUUAAUAAGAAUUAAGAAUAUUUUAUCGUUUUGAACCUUUGUGAACGUUACAUUAUUGUAUUUUAAACGACCACUCGUGGAAGAAAGAAGCACUUGGAAUAACUACCUAAUAGUGAUUAUAUUCUAUCACAACGAUCUUACUAGUUAUAGCUGCUGUAAGAUUUUACUCUGUGUACAUUAUUUUCUGUUUUCAAAAAAUUGACGCAAGGAAAAUAACAGUUGCAGAUUACAAAGAAGGAAGCAAUUGCAAAUAAAACCAACUAAAACAAUUAACGCUCUCUCUACACAAUUUUUGAAAUUCUAGCAUUAAUUCCCCUGAAGACAUUCAACGUAAAUAACGAUAAUGGCAAAUUAAAAAUAGUAUUGUCUGAUAUUUUUGUCGCACUUAUUACUAUUAACAAAAAGCUCGCCAUAUUCGGAAGGAAUAGAAAAAGAGAACGAGAAAGAAGUGGAAAAACUAUCUGCAGUAACGAAGUGCUAAUGAAAUAAGAAAAAAAAACAUGCAGCUACAAUUACUGUUCCUAAUUCACAGUAAUAAAACAUUAUAUGAAAUAAAUUGUAUACAUAGGAGAACAAUAGCCUCAAGCAAAA